UUCCCCCUCCCUCCCUCCCUCCCUCCCACUAUAUGACCCUUGCCCACUUAUAUCCCCCCUUUCCCUGUCUCCUUCACUCCCCAUAACUUCAUCAAUUCUCUGCUAUGCUUUUGCCCCCACACCAACUCAACUCCCACUGCUGCCACACCUCCAAAAUCUGUUCUUGAUUCUUUAUGACUAUUGAUGAUGGCAGGUAAAAAUGUGAUUCAAACUUCUUUUAAUUGAGAUUGAAGUUGCUUGAGGAAUCAAGGCAAAUUAAAAAGAGGAAUUGUUUUUAUUGAAAAGAAAGAGGAAGAAAUCCAAGGAUGCCAGUUCCUCUUGCUCCAUAUCCUACUCCCCCAGUACCUUUCACUCCACCUGCUGCAAAUGGAGCACAGAGUCAAUUAGUAUGCUCAGGAUGCAGAAAUCUUCUACUAUAUCCUGCUGGAGCUACUUCAGUGUGUUGUGCUGUGUGCAAUGCUGUUACUGCUGUCCCACCCCCUGGGACAGAGAUGGCCCAACUAGUAUGUGCCGGAUGCCACACACUACUAAUGUACAUCCGAGGUGCAACAAGCGUACAAUGUUCUUGUUGUCAUACCGUUAAUCUAGCUUUGGAAGCAAAUCAAGUAGCACAUGUGAAUUGCGGGAAUUGUAGGAUGCUAUUGAUGUACCAAUAUGGAGCACGAUCGGUAAAAUGUGCAGUCUGUAAUUUUGUCACUUCAGUUGGGGCAUCAGCAAGUAUUCCAGAACAGAACUUACAGAAGUUCAACAAUAGCUGAUAAAAAAAAAGGAGAAAACUAGAGUACAAAUUUAUUUGUAUUAUUGUCCGGCAAUUUAAUCUCCAAAUGAAGGAGAUUGGCAUAAAUCUUCUAGUAUAUAGAGGUUAAUUUUCUUUUCCUGUUUUUCCCUUGAGAUUUUUCCAGGAAAAAAAUAAGCGAUUUUCGUCGAAUUUCGCCCAAUGGCUAAUACUGUUUUGUAAAAGGGUAGAUUAAGAUAGGUAAAAAAAAGGUGUUAGUCAGUGUGAAAGAAACUUCAAUUUCAAUGGGUUUGUAUUGUCUUUGAUGUGUGAUUAUAGCUUCCGUUAAUACAAAUUAAUCUCCAGCUAGCUCAUCAUUAGGGUUCAAAUUGUAGUAUGAAACAGUUUCUAGCUAUUAUUAAUAAUAUACUAUGUUGCUCA